UUUCAGUCAGUGCAAAUCAAUCGUGGUUACGGCUUUAUCAUGUGCUCUGUGAUAGCCUAGAUGAUAUCAAUAAUGGCCAGAAACUUUUGUGAUCCAUUUACUCGUUCUGGUCGGGAUAAUUCAGCGCAUUCGAGGGAUUUAUUAAAUGGACUAUAACGGACGGUUGCACUACAAUUCAUCGUUUCCCUCCGUCCGCUGUCACACAAAUGGCAAACGUGAAAGUCGCGAUUCGGGUUCGCCCUUUAAACUCCAGGGAGACUCUAGAUGGAGGACGGUUAGCUGUACAGGUGGAGGACAAAGUGGUAAGAGUCCGAAAUAUGAAGCUCGAGGGGCGUUUGGACGGGCGAGUGGAGGGUCUGGCUGACUCCAGGGAGAGGCUGAUGGAGUUUGGCUUCGAUUACUGUUACUGGUCCGUGGAUCCAUCAGCCCCUAACUUCGCAUCACAAGAAGAGGUGUUCCAGGACCUGGGCGUGUGUGUUCUGUCUGGGGCAUCAGAGGGGUAUAACGUUUGUCUAUUUGCUUAUGGACAGACGGGCUCGGGGAAAACAUACACCAUGAUGGGCACCCCAGAUUCCAUUGGGCUGACUCCAAGAAUAUGUCAAGGACUUUUCAGGUCUUCAGAUGACGCUGCAGAUGAACAGAGCUGUAGAGUUGAAAUAAGUUUUUUAGAGAUCUAUAAUGAGCGUGUACGCGAUUUGCUGAGGGGUGUGGAGCAGAAAAAGCCAGCGCCCCUGAGGGUUCGAGAACACCCAGAGAAAGGACCAUAUGUACAGGGUCUCUCUCAGCAUACAGUGACCAACUACAAACAAGCUGUGGAUCUGCUGGAGGAGGGCAUUGCUAACCGCAUCACAGCCGCUACGCACAAUCAUGACGCUAGCAGUCGAUCUCAUGCCAUCUUUACUAUUCAAUAUACGCAGGCUAUUUUCGAAAAUAACCUACCUUCAGAAAUAGUAAGCAAGAUCAAUUUGGUGGACCUGGCUGGGAGUGAGCGAGCAGACCCUCACUACUGCAGAGACAGGAUAACAGAAGGAGCCAACAUCAACAAAUCUCUCGUCACUCUUGGCAUCGUCAUCUCGGCUCUUGCUCAAAACUCUCAGAUGUUCAGCAGCAGUCAGAGCAUUAACAGUGUGAUCAGUGAAGGUGAAGGGAGCACCAUAGGUAGCCAGUCCAGCUCUCUGUCAGGCAGCGGACGCAGACAUUGCUUCAUCCCCUACAGAGACUCCGUCCUCACCUGGCUACUCAAAGACAGCCUGGGUGGCAACUCUAAGACCAUCAUGAUUGCAACUGUUUCACCAUCCAGCAGCAGCUACAGCGAGACUCUAAGCACCCUACGCUAUGCAGCCCACGCCAGGAACAUUGUCAAUAAGCCAAGAGUCAAUGAGGAUGCCAAUGUGAGGUUAAUCAGAGAGCUGCGAGAAGAAAUCGAUCGUCUGAAGAGCAUGUUGCUCAGCUUUGAAAUGCAAGGAAAUCUGAGUCCAUCACUCAGUGAUGAGAGGGAAGGAAGCCUAUCUGAUAUAGUCUUACAAAAUGAACUCAAGGUGGAGCAGCUGACUAAAGACUGGUCUGACAGUUGGUAUGAUAAGCGGGCACUGCUGGAGCACUACAGUGUGGACAUUAACCAGGAGAAAGCUGGAGUCCUUAUCCGAUCUCUCCUGCCCCACCUUAUUGCUCUGGAGCCAGAUGUCCUCAGCACAGGAGUCACCAUCUACCAUCUUCGGGAAGGAGUAACAAGAAUCGGACCUCAGGAUGAGAAUCUGGAAGACCCACACAUAGUCUUACCAGAAGGAUGCAGAUGUGAGAUUGAGAAUCACAGUGGGGUGGUGACUCUGAAGCCGGUUGCAGGAAAUAUCUGCAUGGUUAGCGAGAGAGAAGUCACUAAGCCCUUCAGACUUGCACAAGGUGCAGUGAUAACCUUAGGAAGGAUUCAUAAGUUCAGGUUCAACCAUCCUGCAGAAGCCGCUGUUCUAAGAGAAAGAAGACGGAAUAGUGAAGGUGGUCUGAUUUCUACAGAGUCUGACUCCAGGGUUGCAGGUUGUAAUGCGAAUGGCAAUGGGGAAGACCCCAGACAGCGACUAGAGGAGCAGCAGUGGUACAUACAAUGUCUACGAGAAGCGAUUCGACUGGAACAGAAAAAAGCAGAAAGAGAUCUGGAAAGAGAGCAGGCCCGUCUCCAACAGCAACACACUGACAUCCAGAAGUGGAUCUUACAAGAAAAGCAACGACUUGCAGUCCAAAAGGAGAGGGGAACACUGGAGUCAGGGGUUCAGACAGAUCUCAGUCUUCUUGCUCUGGUUACUGGUUCAUCUGGUGUUGAGGAAAGCAGAACUGAAACAGGAUCACCGUUAUUCUUGAUGAGUGAAAGGAAAAGGGUGGUGCAGGAGGAACUACUGAAACACCACACUUUGCGCAGAGCUGAGAACCGAGUGCGACGCAAAAGGUUACAUUAUCAGCUGGAGAAGAUUGCAAGAAAGCGCCAUCUACUGGAGGCAAAGCGAGAACUGCAGAGACUAGAAAAUGAGCUUCUAAAAGGGGGAGAUGAAGCAUUAUCUUCAGAACUGGGUUACCCCUCUAGAUCCAGGGGACGCCCAAUGACUUUGCGAAGACAUUCCUUCUCUGCUGAGCUGCUGUCGAGGCUGUACCCUCAGCAUAAUCCUAUUUUCAGCCAGUUUCUUAAAAGAAAUAGAUCAUCAACAUCUCUCUGUGGCUUUACUUGCACCACUAAAUCAGUCUUUGAUGAAUGUCUUCAAGAUCAAAAGAUUAGAAGGCGUUCAAACACGAUGCCCUCAAGAUACCAAAGAUCCUCAAGUUGGCAAAGUUCUUCAGAAAGCCUCAAAAGUUCCCUCAAAGAAGCGAGAUCAGCUGAAAUGACUGAAACCAAAGCUGCUUUGUCAAGGUUGUUAGUCAAGAAAAAUGCAAGUGACCAAGACAAGCUUUGUAAGGAUCCAACCACGAAAGCCACUAGAAAAGUAUUACCAAUAAUAAAGCAAUUAACUGCACAGAAAGGUUCGGUCAAGGGAACAAAGAGUUUAUCUCAAGAUAGGAGUAAAGGUUUAGAGACCAUUCGUAAAGUUUUUUCGCGCUCGGUUGGCCCUGGGAUCAAGACUGCCUUGGCGAAGGUUUUUCGCAAGCCGCCAUCAGGGUCACAUGGAAGCAGAAGUGUGAAAUCUUUGAACAAGACAAUCAGUCACUCAGACAAAACCAAAACUGCAAAAGAGGAAAAAUGCUCUAUCAAAUCGACAAAGUCCUGUGAAUGCUUGGAGCAGCUUAGCUCACUAAAAUAUGUGCAACAGAGGCACUGGCAUAGCACAGAAACUCUGACAAAUACCACCAACAAAUUGGUCGAAGUGCGAAAAGAACCAGUUGGGUGGGAUGGCGAGGAUGAUCGCAAUGGAUCUUCAGACUGUGAUAGUAUUUACUCAUUGGAUUCUCUCUCCUCGGCUUAUGCUACAGCUCUGGCUAAGCAGCUUAAGCAGGAGGAAUGUGAUUUCAGUGAAGCCGAAAGUGACAACAGUCAGAUGUCUCAGGACUCUCUUGUAAUGGAGAGCAGUGCGAAGGAUUUUACUGCCAGACCAGCGCACAUGCUUAAUAAAGUUUCCAGCCACUUAACCUUUGGUAAACCACCACCAUUGUGCAGCUUUCAACCAACUACUAAUAAAGAAGAGAUGGAAAUAUCCAAAGAAGUACCUGCUGAGGUUUUCUGGAGCUCAAAGUUUAAAAUGGAAAGUGACAAAGGCAUGGCUAGGGAAAUUUCUACACAAGUGUCUGAAUGUAGACCUUGCAGCGGUGCUAGUUUAAAAGAACCAGAUGUGCUUGCUUUUACUGAUGCCUGGUCAUCCACUGAUGCAGUAGACAGCCCUAGAAUUUCGAUGACUUCAGGACACUCAUCCAAAAAGGAUUUAUACACACCUAGAGAGAACAGUUUCUGCCAAAGCCUUACUAGUCUGGAGCUCUCAGACGACAUGAACAUCUCAGAAGACCAGAGCUCACCUCGCUCUGACUCUACUCAGGGAGACAUUGCCACUCUUGAGGAACAGAGCAACACGUCCCUUGAGAAUACCUUAAUAUUAAAUAGUAAUGAAAGCAAUCUUAGCUUUAUAACAGUGCAGAAGAGUGUUGAGAUGUUGAAGGAUAUUAAGGAGCCAACUACCAAUGCAGAUACAAGUCCAGAUGAUGUAGCACACACAAAUAAACCAACCAAUAACUUUAAAGUGUUUGAAUACACAGCGACUGACGAAAUGAUGAUUCACUCUUUUUCCAAAGAUGGUGACAUCUCAACAGGUAUGGAUACUUUACAGUGCUUCCAAGCUAAAUCUAGUAGGAAAGAUCAACCAGUUAGAGGAGACAACCCAUCUGGUUACCAAGCAUACCCAGAACAUUCUUCUCUGAAGUCAGACAAUCUAAGGUCAGGUAAGCUUUUAUUAUGCCAUGGGUUAGCAGAUACAGAAGUCAAGAACUAUGAAGCAUGGCAAGGAUUCCUAAAUGAAUCUCAUAUCGGGAUGGAUCAUCACUUUAACAAUAAAGAGGAUGUUAAAUUGAACACCUUUGAGGAAUGUCAUGAAGACUACGAUUGUGUCUACUCUAAACAGUGCACUAAAAUUGCUACCAAAGAUAAUGCAUUGACAAUCGAACUAUCAAAGAAGCAUGAUGAAAAUGUUACCAGCUUUGAUAAUGAACACUUUGUUGUGCAGUUGGGUAGUGAUCCAGUCACAAUAGGUCAAAUGAACAAAGAAGUCCCUAUUAGAAACAUCAAGCCGCCAAAGAAAUGUGAUGUAGAUGUUUCAGAUAAUAAAUCAUCACUAUUAACUAUGGAUGAGGAACAGUCUGCUUGUUCAAAUGUCAACAGUUCUGAUUGUUCAGCCAUCAGUAGCGAAUUAUUAACAAAGCUGACAACUUUUGAAGAUUUUAACAUGGCAAACAAGAUGGAAAACUCAAAUCAAGAGCUGGAAAUGAAGGAAAUAAAAUGUGCCACUGAUGCUCACAAGGCUGUAACCAAUAUAGAUCAUGGCAAUAUUUUUAGAAAUGAUAGCAGUGAAUGUGAUGGUGAAUUGACCACUACAAAUUCUGAGUUUGAAAACUGUAAGGAGGAGGACAAAACGGGUGCCAUUCAGAUUAUGGAAAGGAAGAUGUUUAAUAAUAGAUAUUUUCAAAUGAGUGACUCAGCCAUUAAUGAUAAAAUAUCAGAGGUGGUAAAACAACAUUUUACAAUGUCUCUAAGAGAAGAUUGUGAAGAAGAUCUUGAAUCAGACACAACCAAAGAAAAAAUUUCUUCGGCUCAGCUGGAUCACCUGAAGUCCAAGAAAAGCACAUGUGAAUUUGAAUACAAAGACAAUCAUGUUCUACUUGUUGAGGGUAAUGGCUUACAGGCCAAAUCAUCUAUGGCCAAAUCAGAGUUGCUUACAGACAACACUAUAGAGCAUUUGGCAAACUAUAAUACACAAACAGAAUCAAGACAAUCUACAGCUAAAGUAGUAAAUGAGACACCAUUGAUCUUUGUAGGAAGAGCAUCUUCAGACAAAGGAGCUGAACAAGUAGGAAUCAGUGAUAACAUGACUUCGGUGGAAUAUUGUGCCAUCCAAGCACAGGGCACAGAUGGACAAAAUGUGAGUGAAUCAGUGGUUUCACAUGACAGUACAUUUAGCAAGAACACCAUUUUUGGAACUGAACUUCUGGAUGCUUCAAAAACUGUUCAAAUGAAAGAUUUCAUCAGCGUAGGGAAUAUGGAGAGUGGCAAAGUGACUGUAAUAAACCCAAUUGUUUCCUGUAUAUAUGGACAAGUAAGUCCAUCUCUUGAACAAACAAAUAUGUUGGAUGAAAUCAGGGAAAUUGACCAGCAGAAUGCCCAGAUGGUCAACAACAUCACAAAAAGUUUGUUGGACCCUACUAAAACACAAGAGAACACAUUUGACUCCAAACUACUUCGACAUUUAAAACUUUUCAGUGAAACUUUGUGCUCACCAAAUACUAUGUCCAGUGAAAGCAAUAUUCCUCAGCUGUCACUAACUUCUGAAGCAACUGUGAAUCAUAUUGGUGUGCAGUUUGAGGGAAAAGAUACAAAAGUGGCUGAUACAUUUGUGGGGAGUGCCGGUGCAAUGUUACCUAAUGCCAAUUCAGAAGGGCAAAUUAAAAAGGGAAAUAUAAAUUCAAUUUCACCUAAGUCUGUUAUAUCAGUCAUGGAUCAGUCACAUGAAAAUCACCAUGUUUCUUUAAGCAAGCUAGCGUUUUAUGAAUUUGGUCCAGGAAACCUUGGAAAGGAUCGCAGGUCUGUAAGCCCAGAUAAAAUGAGUGCUCAACAUCCCUUGGGAAACUCUACCAUUUCUAUUGGGAUUUGUGGAGAUGAGAAUAAAGAAGAAUCUGUGGAUCAAAUAUAUCACAGACACAGCUCUGAUGAUAUAAGAAAAGGUCAGAUUCUUUUAGAUUUCAAUCAGGCACUGCAACUUUGCAGUACCACACAGUCACAGAGACCACAGAUGGACAGUGUCCUCAAAACUUGUAUUGGUAAAAAUACUCCAAAGGAUUUUCCACAGUCAGAUAAUCAGUUGCAAAUGAUGACUAAGGGAGAACAGAACUGUUUUAACCAAUACGUGAAAAAUCAUGAGCCAUCUGCACUCCAAAAGCUCCACUCAGCUGAGCCUGAUAAAGAUAUGGUCAAGCCCUUAAUAAGUGAGGUAUAUCGCAAUGCAAAACAGACUACUGCCAAUCAAAAUCAGAAGGGAAAUUACAAUAAUACAUUUAAAUCUAAAAAAGAAGAACAUUUCACAACAGUUGAUGAUUCAAAACAUGUUGAUAACAAGAGUCAUGAUGAAAGGCAAAGAGAAAAGCAAAAGCGAUAUAGGAAGGCCCACUUUAAGGCACCGUCAAGUUCAUCCACUGAUUCUACACAUGAUUUAUCCUUAGAUGAAGGUGACGCAUCUAAAAUGCAUGUGCCUGUUAAGGGCCACCACCCUAAAUGUGCUUUACAGACGCCUAGCAGGCAAAAUCCUGUUGUUCAUAAUAGACUCAGGAAUCCACCACUUGGUGAGAAAAGCACCUCUUCAUCUUCAGCAACUAGUCUAAGAUCAUUACAAACACUAUCAGGACUGAGACACACCCAGCAGCUUGAAAAGGAGACAACUAUGUGUAAAGGGGUGCAUGGCUUCACUGAAAAAAUGCAAAAAGUUGAUGAUGAAGACAUUAACUUAAGGAGGAAUGCUUCUACCAAAGACCAACAACUUAAGCAUGCUGUUUUGCAGGCAAGAGAUUCUGCAAUGCAUUUUGUCUCAAGUGAUAUUAACCCAUUUAUUCAUACAAGAACUGCUAUGGGGUUGAACAGAACAGUCCACAAAAACCAGGCUUUUGGCAGUGCUGCCAAUAUAUCCUGCAAAAAUUCUCCCCUCAAUAGUCCUAACAAAAAUAUAACAAGGUGCUGUAGCGUAGACAAUGGAUUAAAUAUUCAGAACUCCCCUUUUAGUUCCCAUUUAAGCACUUAUGCGAAUCAUAAAGGACUCUCUAGCACACUGAGUAGUAAUGAAGGUUCCAGAGAUCAAAUUUCUUCUGGGCCUUUGCUGAUGAUACCUUCUUCUUCCUCUAAUGGCUCAAAUAAGAAGGCCAUAACAGCUUUAACAUGUGGCUCUUACAAUGGUGCCUCAGAGGAAUUUUGUCAUAGCUCAGGUCAAGUUGAUGAAAUAGUUCUGGUCUGUUCCUCCAAGUAUGAAUCGCAGAAAAAUGGGCAUCCCAGUCCAGGCAAGUGUGACCACGGUGUACAAACCAUUGAGGUUGAUAAAGACCUUAAGAGAAGGCAUUGUCACAGAAGAAGCAGCACUCAGACACCAGUAUCUAAACCAGGAAUUGGAGCUCCAAACACAUGGACAAGUCUCCAGAACAUGUCCGAACAUCUCUCCGAUUUGAUAUAUGACACCUCUGAUCUUCUGGGCAACAUACAGUGUAUGCGAACAGGAGAAAGACUAACAAAAAAUGAGAGUCCUAAAAAUUGUUUCAAAUUUUCAACUGUGAAUUCUGGCAACAAAUACAAAAGAGAUUGUUCUACACAGACUUCCGUGGACAUUGGGAUCCAGACAGAGACAGCACAGGCAUCAAAGAAUGCUAUUGCCCACGAUGUCAAUGUUAUUGUUAAAGUAAUUGGGUCAGAAACUUGUAAUGUAUCUCAGCUGGAUGGUAACACCAAGAUCUUCAAGGAUAGAUGUGUAAACGAACCAGACUUUGAAAGAAAUAAAAGCCUCCCUGAUUUACGACUGAAAACCUCAAAGGCAACUGGCAGUCAGAAUUCUGUAGGAACUCCACCAAAGGUUGUUUCAUUACAGAAUGUUGUCCCAGAUCAGACUUUAACCAGUUUGGAAGGACUGGAAGAUAAAUUGGAAGAUAGUUCCUUAGUCGAUGAGACAUCUUCAUCCAUUUGCCCUGGAGGAAUACAGUCCUCAUCAACUAAGGGAGAGAGGCAUCCGACAUGUCGGAAAAGUGUAGACCUAAGGAAUAGCUGUAAUAAAAAAGCUAUGUUCAUGGAUCGUGCAUCCUCACCUAUCCUUACUGUAAAGGCUGCAAAAUACGCCCAACAAUGUCCAAAAAAUAACCAGCGGUUAACAAACUAUGAGACAACGGAAGAACAAAAUACCACAGGUAACCAAUGGACCAAUGUAAACAAAAUUCAGUUCAAUGCUAAGGAAAUGCCCAAUGAAUACCCCAUAAAUAGCAUGUCUCCCCAAAACACAUUUAUGCUAAAUGAAAGAAAGAGAUGCUAUCAUGCUUCACCAUCAGAACCUCAAAGAAAAUGCCUCUCCCCACCAAGUAGUACUGUUGGUCUGCAAUCUGCAUCAUCCUCAGUUGGUCCUCAGUCCAAACAGAAAAUCCCAGACAGACCUCAUUUGUCCUCUUGUAACAAUCGACUGAGUUAUGGUAGCAGUUUCCUAGAGCAAGAUCACAAAUCACCUGAGUAUACACUCAAAAACUGGGAUCAUUUAAAUCAAAAUACCCCACAACAACAGGAAGAUGAUGUGAUGUCCAUAGUGCCAAGUGAGUGCAACACAGAUGUCCUGCUUAGCAUCAAUCCUCUGCGAGAGACCACCCUAACUGUGGAACAUCAGUGUAUUCCUGAUGAUCUUCCUAUGCACAACAAAUUUACUAACUGGUCCGGCAUCAACCAGCAGCCAUCAUCAACGCUUAAUAAAAUAAACAGACUACCUGGACAAUACUUAAGCCCAACUUACCUGCGUGCAAUGGAGUCAGAACGACCAGAGCCUUUUGAGGAGACUGAUAGAAAGACAAAAGAAAUUGUGAAGUUGAGAAAAGAGCGUGAGCAGGUUCUAGCAUCUGUUCAUCUGGAUCUGAGCCCUCAUAAGCUGACGGUUGAACUCACCGAGGCCAAGCUACACUACGGGCAAGGGGAAACAGACACUCUUCUUAAAAUCCUUAAGUCUGGAUCCAAAGAAGAACCCCCAGCCUUUACCAAACAGGAGCUCCUUGACAGGCACAGGAAAAGCAUUGAAAGCCUAAAAAAAGAAAGAGAUGUCCGUCUCCAGAUGUGCCGUCGAGCUCGAAGCCUGAGUCCUGGUAACAACCGAAUCUCUCCAAGUCAUGACAGGGAACAUUCUCAGAGAAUUUCGGACCUGCCAAGCAGACGAAGGGAAUAUCUUCAGCAGCUCCGCCAAGAAAUAGUUGAAACCAGCAGAGUUCCCGAUCCACCAAGACGAGAGGGUCAGUGUCCAUCUGAUAUUGAGCUUCUACUGCGUGACUACAGCAGAGCCCGUGAGGAAGCAAGAGCAGAGAUUGCUCGUGCACGUCACAGACUCCGCGAGAGGACAGAGCAGGAAAAGAGACGACUUCAGCAGCAAGCUCUUGCACAGGCGGUGAAGGAUGACCUGCGUUUUCGCACGCGCAUUAGUAACAGUACAUUAUGCACUGGAUCAAACCUAAGUCUUUCCUCUGGGCCCACUUCAGGCUACAACAGUAGCAAUACUGCUACACUGAAAGACAAUACGUCACCAACAAUUCAGAUAAACGGAGUCCCAGAAUUUAAAGUAAGUACUCGACCACCGGUGAUCCCGUUACAAACUUCAAAAGCACAGCGUAGAUGGUUAUCAGUCCAGGAUGUCAGCCAGGAGACAUUUGUAACUGAAUACGAGUUCUCCUCCACCCCAUCAUCUCCUCCCUGUGCUCGACAGCGAACCCUCUCUUUUGGCUCUCCCUCAUCUAUAUCAGCGUCAUAUCAGGAUAUUGCAGACUGCACUCUUGCCAGUGCUAUUUCUGAAAUAUAUUUGGCUUCUGGUGGUGAUGUGAGGAAUCUGCUAGCAGGGAAGGCAACCAGUUAUUGGAGGCAUCAGGGUGUGGAAAGAGGUGUUCAGGUAUUUCAUAAGGCCACGGCCAAGACCACAGCUCAUGGGUUUCUCGGAGCAAUGGAGCUGGAGAGACCUCUGGACAGUCUGUGGGAUAUGGUUCGAGACCACUCAAAGACUCAUUUAUACCACGAGUCUGUUAGAUCUGCCUGGACGCGACCACUGGAUGAAUGCAACCAACUAGUCUACCUGUUAACAGACACAUCCAAUUGCCAGCUUAAACAGCCACGGGAUUUCUGCUGCCUAAGUACAGAAUCUAAACAGGAUGAUAUGUGGGUUUUGGCCAUGCAGUCUAUAUUUGAUGAGACAAUGCCACGCCCCAGCGUGGAUACUGUUCGUGGAGAAAUGCUGCCCAGCGCAUGGAUCCUUCAACCCAGUCAGCGUAAUGGUCAAGAGGUUACCACAGUCAUCUACAUGCUUCAGGUUGACUUGGGAACUCCGUCCUUAGCUCCUAAAAUGCUGAAUGCAGUGUCUAGGAAGCAGGCAGCUGUCAUAGCGGAUCUUAAUGCUUUCCUUUCUUUAUGAUAUGAAUGAUUUAAUAAUGAACUCAUGUUACAUUUAUAGCAACAAGCACUUACAUUUAAAACCAUGAAGGUUUUGCUCAAAUUUGCACCUCAUUUUUUUGUCCUUGACUUGAUCUUUUUUGCAUAGCACUGAUGGUAUGAAUACCUGUAUAUUGUGUAACAAUUUAUUUGCUUUAUUUGCCACUUUGUUUUAGUGAGUUUUGUUAUAUUAGGUGAUUUUUGAGGGUUCCACCCUGUGCCAAAGUAUUAUUUACAACAAAGUCCCAAAGUUUUUUCUUCAUUUAUGUGCAUAUAUUUUAUUUCCAUAUGUGUUUGAUAUAGACUACACUAUGCUCUGCUUAUUGUGAGAAGGGAUAUUUAUACCAAAACAGUCCACUAUAUUACAGCAUUCCUUUAAUUCAUUUAAGCAUUGCUUUAAACGAAAUGUUCACCCAAAAAUAAAAAAUUCACAUCAUUUAUUCAUCUUCAUACGUCCCAGGUGUAUAUGACUAAUCACAAUCAGUAAUAAUAUAUAUAUAUAUAUAUAUAUAUAUAUAUAUAUAUAUAUAUAUAUAUAUAUAUAUAUAUA